UACCCAACAACUCUGCGAAGCACGUACCGUUAAUACCACCCAACCAUGUCUCAUACGGCCGAUCAAGAGAAGCUAGUGUUGAAGGUCUUGUCGUACAAGCCUCACCAGUUCUACGAAAUCUUGGAAGUAAGCAAAUCGGCCAAUGAUGGCGAAAUCAAAAAGUCGUACCGAAAGUUGGCAAUCAAGUUACAUCCUGAUAAAAACCCCCAUCCCCGUGCUGCCGAAGCAUUCAAGAUCGUCAACAAGGCCUGGAGCGUGUUGAGUGAUCCCGAUAAGAAGAGCAUAUUUGAUAGCACCGGAGCUGAUCCCGAUACCAGGUUUAAUCCUUCCAUGUCUAGUGCCAGCGCCAGAACUGCCGGUGGUGCCUCCCCAUUUGGCGGCCAAUCUUUUGGACAACCAGCAGACUUUGACGACAUCUUCAACAUCUUCUUCGGUGGUGCUCCUGGCGGUAGAAGAGGCGGUGGUCAGACCUUUUCAUUUGGUAAUAAUGGGUUCACAUUCCAAUCAUUUGGAGGUCCCGGAAGCGGAUUCCAAUCUUUCCCUCGACAGAGACAAAGCCAAAGACAAAGCCAGCCACGGGCAGAUCCUGAAGCCGCCACCGACUUGCUCACCAACCUCAAACAACUCCUCCCGAUUCUUUUAUUUGUGUUGAUUUCAGUGAUUCCAACGCUUUUCGCUGAACCCAGCGUCCCCGAUUAUUCAUUCACCCCAUCCACCAAGUUCAAUUCCCAACGAACAACCCCCACGCUUAAUAUUCCCUUCUAUGUGAAUGAUCAGUUCAUCCAGAAAAAGCUGUACACAGAUAAGCAGAUGAAGACGUUCGAUUACAAAAUAGAGACGCUGUUCAUCCAAGACAAACGUACCAAGUGCUCCAGAGAGCAGAUGAUCCGAAACCAGUUAUUCGAAGAGGCUCAAGGAUGGUUUUCCACCGACCAGAGAAAGCUCGAGAGGGCCCAAAACUACCCCAUGCCAAAUUGUGAGGUGUUGAAACAGUAUAAUUUGAUAUAACCAUGGUCAUCUUUCAGUUCGUCUUAUCAGAUGUAAGAGAUCUGUUUUAAUUUUAUAUAUAAAUGCAUAUGUUAAAGGCUAUUGGUGUUGGUCAAGCACACCACCUCAACUACAGGCGAGUACGACCCGUCCCCGUUAAUCUCUGGUCCCUGAGCCCAUUUUUUGGUAUUUUCAUCAAAAGUAAAGCCCUUGACCUUGAUAUUCUUAUAUUUGGUGGUAGUUACCUUUAAUGUCGAAAAAACAGAGUGGCCAUCCACACCAUUGCAGGUCACAGACCCGCUAAAAGUCGUUGACAAGGUGAUGGAUUUGGUUGACUUUCUUAGAUAUGUGACACUGAAUCCAAUUGAACCUCCAGGGAUAAUACCCACCAGAAGCAGCGGAGAAAGUGCAACAGUGAAAACACCGUUUUGCUUGUAGGUUGAGGCUACCCCCAAUUCCAACGAGGCACUUACCGAGCCUGUCCCGUCUGCUUUAUUCUGAAGCAACUCCAUUGUCAAUGGGAGAGUUAUCUUUUGGGUAUACUGCUCUUGAGCCUGUUUAAAGUCCCACUCGUUUAUAGUGAAUUGUUUGGGUUGGCCUUCAUUUUUGAGGUGGUUGAUAGUAAUGUACGUCUGUGAGUCUUC